AAAAAGCCCAUCUAAAAAAAUCCCACCUCGAGCAACCUCGUUCGCUGUUCGUUGGCCUCUCCUGGCCCCGGGCGGCAAGAUCCAAGCCCCGCUGCCAACAGAGCGCGCGCAAAUCGCAAGAACAAGAAUCAAUUCGACUCCCUCACAUCGACUUGCUCGCCCGGGAGCUGACACUCAUCCGCAUCGAAUCGAAGCAACUCGUCUUAUAUGUUCCAUUCCAUUCGGCCCGAUUCGGUUUCCUUUCCCCCCGUCUAUAAAACCGAUGACUCGCCUCGCGUCGCAGGCCCUAGCGGCGGCGGGAGGAGGGGCGGCCUGUAGUGCGUGAGGGUGCUCAGUGCGUGCGCUCCGCUGCGAUGCCGUGGCUGGAGAUGUGGCUGCCUCCAGCGGCCGGCGAGGGCGCGGCGGCGGGGCUGUUCCUCGACGGCGGCGACGCGGCGGCGCACGGCGCAUUUCUAGCGGCGAUGCCUGGCUGCUCGGUGUCGUUCGGGGCCUGUCGCCGGCGGCGGGGGAGGGGGAUACCCCAGGGGUUCCUGUCACUGACGAUGUCAGUGAAGGGGGGCAGGGGGCUCGUGCGGGGACCGGUGGGACUGCUCACGGGCGCGGAGGAGAAGGGCGGGGCGGAGGAGGCUGAGUCGCUGGUCGCGGGGAGAAGCGCCGCGGCGGAGGUGGUGGAGGCGGCGGAGGGGAAGGUGGCGGUGCUGCAGGAGAAGGAGAAGGGGGCUCGUGCUGGAGCUGGUGCGAUGAACACGACGAAGCAUCUCUGGGCUGGAGCAGUCGCUGCCAUGGUCUCAAGAACAGUUGUUGCUCCUCUUGAGAGGCUAAAGUUGGAGUAUAUUGUUCGUGGUGAGCAAAGAAAUCUAUUUGAGCUUAUCCAUGUUAUUGCAACGACACAAGGUUUGAAAGGAUUUUGGAAAGGGAAUUUCGUCAACAUCCUCCGUACUGCUCCAUUCAAGGCAGUCAACUUCUAUGCAUAUGACACUUAUAGAAAGCAACUUCACAAAUGGUCUGGUAAUGAAGAAACUACAAACUUUGAGAGAUUUAUUGCUGGUGCCUUCGCUGGCGUUACAGCAACGAUAUUGUGCAUACCAAUGGAUACGAUUAGGACAAGAAUGGUAGCUCCUGGUGGUGAAGCUUUUGGUGGGGUUAUUGGUGUUGCCCGCCACAUGAUACAGACUGAAGGAUUUUUCUCACUGUACAAGGGAUUAGUACCUUCUCUUAUCAGCAUGGCACCCUCAGGUGCUGUAUUUUAUGGAGUGUAUGACAUAAUGAAGAUGUCUUAUCUGCAUUCCCCUGAAGGAAAGAGGAGGGCAUCGAUGAUGAAGCAACAAAGUCAAGAGGCAAAUGCAUUAGAUCAACUUGAGUUGGGUAGUGUUAGGACCUUACUCUAUGGGGCCAUUGCUGGUUGCUGUGCUGAAGCAGCUACAUACCCAUUUGAAGUAGUUCGGAGGCAGCUACAGAUGCAAGUGAAAGCAACAAGGAUGAAUGCUUUCGCGACAUGCCUUAAAAUUGUUGAUCAAGGUGGAGUACCAGCACUCUAUGCUGGUCUGAUCCCCAGCUUGCUACAGGUCCUGCCAUCGGCGUCAAUCAGCUAUUUUGUUUACGAGUUAAUGAAGAUAGUUCUGAAAGUGGAGUGAAUAGAAAUUGAUUCUUGAGCCUAUGCAGCAAGUUCUAAGGGCUCAGCUCACAUUACCUUGAUAAAACAAUGCAUAAUUUCAGUAACUUGUCAGUACAUUUAGCAUCCGUUUUUCUGGUAGGCGUGCUCCACGAAAUCUUCAGGUGCUCUGAGGGUAGGUUCAUUAUGGUCAAAGCAUUAUUCCUUUGAUGAAGCUUUGCACCACAAGUCCACAUGAUUACCUUGUACACGAUGCAGUCCUGUUCCACAUUAUUCAAUGGCCUCUUUAUAGAAGAUUGUUCUGUGCCCUAGUGAAAACAGCUGGGCCUUCUUGCCCUCGAAAUUUUAGUUUUCGAUGUAUUGACCUGCUAACAGCAAUCGAAAUUGACAUUUGGGAGAUUCUUCUUCAAA